AUGAAUAACAUUCCUCUUUAAACUCAUCCAAAUGUUGUAUUGAUCAGUGAGGAUAUCAAAGAAAGAGGACUUGCCUUAGAAGAUGUAGUCUUUGAAAUUGCAGAUGUAUUUGUACUUCGAAAAAACAAAGAGCUGGUACUGUAUUAGCCCAUAUUGGAUAAUUCAAGUAGUUAAUUACAGAAUUGGAUAAGCAUUUUAGAAUUGAUAAAUAAGAAAUAUUAAAUAAUUUGA